AUGUCAGGAUUCCCAGAGCAAAGAAAAGUUAAAAAAACUUAUACGUCUCCUCCUGACGUGUUUGAGCCAGAUCUCAAAGAAUAUCCUCAAAAGCUUUCUAGCAUAAAAAAUUCCCUUUCCUCCUUUUCAAGUCAGCUGAGCAUUAAUCCCAAAGAUUUUAAGGAUUUUCAGCCCAUUUCUAAUUCUGACAUAUCUUCAAACUCCUCAAGUUCUUCCCCAACGGCUAUUCAAAAAGACACCUCACUUCAGCCAGAUUCAGGAGAUAUGUCUCCAAGUCUUGAGGUUACUGACCCAAAAGCCUGGAAAAAUGAAACAACUAAUGCAGAAGAAAUAAAGUCACCCUCAGAAACCGCGAAAAUUAUUUCUCCAAUACAAGUUCCAGAGCAAGAAGUUCCAACACCUAAAGAUACUCCAUUUGCGUCAACAGAGCAUUCUCCGAAAGAAAUCAGAGAAUUCAAUAUUCCUGAUUCCUCACAUUUCCAUAAAAUCACAUACAGUUGUGAAGAUAUCCAAAUAGUUAAAUACGAUGAUUGGUCCUAUGUGAUGCCAAUUGAAAUAGUUAGGAUUUGGAGGAGGAAAAAGACUGACAAUAAUUGAAAUUCAAGUAAAUUACCAGUCCCAAAGCCCAUUAUCAGAGCAAAUGCACCUGAUUCUCCAGGCAUGUGGAGAGCAGAAAUGUCAGAAACCCAACUCAAAAUAAGAAACAGAGCUGAAAAACUCAGAAAAAAAUUAGGAUCCCAAACACCUAUUGAUGAAAUUUCUGCCAGGAGAAUAAAAACUACCUUAAACAAGCUAACCCCUACAAAUCUUGACAAAUUAAAGCUGCAGCUCUUUGAAAUCUCAAGAGAAAAGCCAGAAAACCUAGAAAUCUUAGUUUCAGGAAUUUUCCAAAAAGCCUGCACAGAAACAAAAUACACCCAGCUUUACGCUGAGCUUUGUCAAUACUUAUCCCACCAAUAUCAUUCUUUGAAGCCAGAAGAAGAGCGCAAAAAGAAAAACAACCCUUUCCGUGAUGCCUUUUUAAGCCUCUGUGAAGCUUUAUUCUUUUAUAACCCAGGUGAAGAAAAUUUUGAAGGCCUUUCAAAAGAAGACAUUGAGAUAAAGAAAUAUAAAUUGAAACAAAAAGUGCUGGGAAAUGUCAGGCUUAUAGGUGAAUUAUUUAGAUUUGAGUUUAUACCAGCAAAGGUGGUGCUUCAGUGUAUUUGGGAUUUAACGACAAGUGGGAUUGAAAAAGAUGGAGAGGAAUAUAAGGUUAAUCAAGAGUUAAUUAGUGAAGACAAAUUGGAAGGAGCAGCUAUUUUAUUGAAUACUGGAGGUAGCAUGUUUGAGAUAGAGAAAUUGAUAAAGCAAACUGAAGAGCUGCUAGAUAUAGUGCAAUAUAUUAUUGACAAAGAGCUGGUUUCGUCAAGACUCAGAUUUUUAUUGAUGGUAAAUUAUAUGUAGAACGUGCUUGAUGCAAGAAAACAAGGAUGGCCAAGACCAAAAGACCAGCCAAGCUUUAUUAGUCAAGGGAAAAGGGAAUAA